UGUCUCUCACUGCAGUCACGCUGUCUCUUGCUGUUGCGGCCAAUCGACUAACCCAAUGCAUUUGCAGAGCACUCUGCCGGCACACAGUAGGAAAGGAGGCAUGAUUAGCUCGCCAGCUGGUAUGGCUUUCACAUUCUCAGUAAUCACAUUUGACUUCCUAAAAAUCAGAAUUAGCCACGUGAAUUAAACAUAUGUUUUUUGGGGGUUUGGACGUUUUCUGUUUUUUUUUGUUUGUUUGUUUUUUUUCUUAUACAUGUGCUGCAGCAGGUAGUUUGGAGACUAUUUUAUAACACAACUGGCAUGUGGACUUCAGCGAAACGCUUGAGAAAUAAUAACUAACAGGAUCAGUGAAGGCAUUUGUUGUAAUUUUGUAAUAUUUCCAUGGAACGUUUUUUUUUUAUUUCUUCAACAUCAUAAGUAACAAUGUCGAAGAGCACAGAAGGUCCAGCAGAAGACCUCUCCAAGGUGUCGGACGAGGAGCUGAUGAAGUGGGGUAAGGAAGAGUUGAUACGCAGGCUCCGACGCUCAGAAGCCGAGAAAAUGGGGAUUAUGUUGGACCACGGCAACUUGAUCAAGGAGAUCAACCGGAGGCUGCAGCUUCAUCUGAACGAGAUUCGGGGACUCAAGGACAUAAACCAGAAGCUGCAGGAGGACAACCAUGAGCUGAGGGACCUCUGCUGCUUCUUGGAUGAUGACAGACAAAAGGGGAAAAAAGUGUCAAGGGAGUGGCAAAGACUGGGGAGGUAUAGUGCUGGGGUGAUGCGAAAAGAAGUGACCUUGUAUUUGCAAAAACUGAAGGAGCUUGAGGUGAAGCAAGAGGAGGUGAUAAAGGAAAACCUGGAACUGAAAGAACUUUGCUUGAUGUUGGAUGAGGAAAAGAGUGCUGGUGCGUGUAGCCGCAGUUCAAUAGACAGCCAGAAUAGCCUGUGCCAGAUAUCAGCAACAGGCACUGGUCUACUGAGGGAUGUGGGAGAUGGGAGCAGUACCUCCAGCACAGGAAGCACAGACAGUCCAGACAACCUCCAUCACAAACAUCUAGCAACUGGCAGUCCAGAACACCUCCAGAAAUCACGAAGCGAGGGAAGCCCAGAGCACCAGCAAAAAACUAAAUGUAGCAGUAGCCCUGAUCAGAAACAUCUGAGAGGGGCAAGCCCAGAACAGCACAAGGGCCUGGGCAGAGGGAGUCCCGAGCAUCAAAAGCUUACCACCAGUGCCAGCCCUGAAAAUCUGCAGAAACACCUUCUGAGCAGUACCAAUAGCCCAGAGCACUUCCAAAAGCACAGAGGAGGUGGCAGCCCCGAACAUCAAAAGCACAGCAGUGUUAGCCCAGAGCAUCUGCAGAAACAAGUGGUGACUGGUACGCCAGAACAUCUACAGAAAGCCAGGGGAGGAAGCCCGGAACAGCUCAGACAUCAGUACAGUGGGAGCCUGGAGCACCUAAAAUACCCAGGUGGAAGUACCAGCAGGGAAGGGAUGCAGCGAAGGCAAGCCCCAGACGAAAUGUCGCCUCAUCACAGGAGUAUAUACAAUGGGAUGAAUGCGCUCAUAUCAGCUGGCUGUUGCACAACUACCUGCAGAAGUGUCAAGCUCUGGGACAGUUUUGAUGCCUCUUGACUAGAACCUUCUGUGAAUGAUGACCACUAGUACCCAGGUCCCAACUGGAUGUGGUCUCUAUAGACAAGCAUGUAGUGGGAGAGAUGGGAUUUCAAAGAUGCACUAAGAAUGUUUUGAUCUUUUUUCUUUAAAAAAAAAUAAAAAUAAAUGAUGAAGCCUUUAGAACUACAUCCGUGAUAUGAAGAUUAUUUAAACAGGUCAGGUGUGCUUAGACAACCUACUGUACAUUCAGAUAUACAUUGACACUUAAAAUUGAUUCUCUCUGUACAAACUAUCACAAAGAUUCAACUAAGGAGAUGCAGCCUACAUGAUGAAAAUGAUGUCCUACCUCCCGGAAAAAAAAAAAAAAAAAAUUAAUUGGACGGAUGAACAUGGAAAGACUAGAUCUGGGGAUAUUCUGAUUCAAGGAGAUUUGCUAUCCUACUUUCAGUUCCAUUGAGUUUUUCUUCAUUUUCAGUUUGGAUGAUACAAAAAAAAAAAGUAUUCUGCUGCUUCCUUUGGACUAUUCACCCUACAGCACAACAUCCCAAUUCUGUUUUAAACUGUGUGUCAACAUUAAUCUACACUGGGGAUAUUGGGAAGACCUUUUUUACUGUACUGUUCUUAAUAUAAAUAUUGGGUUUCUGCCUCUGUAUUAAGCUGAACAGUUACUUUGUAACCUUUUAUUUUCAUGUGUAACCCCUUUUAUGUUGAAAAUACAAUAAACUUUCAAGUCUAUGACAUAAAUGAAAGUGCAUUUUUAAUGAAUGGCUUUCUAUAUUGGAAUGCACAUAUUUAGAUCAUGUAAUAUGCUUAAAUAAUAGGAAGAAGGUUAAUAACGUAAUGCCAAUAUAACUUCACAACAGGACUGGCCUAGCAUGCCAACAUUUAAAAGUUCAAGGCAGUAUUUCCAUAAAUUGUCAUUAAUGAAGGUAAUAUCUGUGUAAAAAACUGUGAUUUAUUAGAGAUGUUUUCCAUACUAACUCAGUUGUAGAGAGAUAAGAAAUUACAUUUGCACAUCCCUUGUGGCAAUUUCUAGCACCCCAUUGGUUGAGAAAGUUAGUAAGUCUGAUAAAUAAUGACCAAAGCAGAAACAGCAAUAGAUAAUUAUCCAAAACACAAUAUAGGGUUGGUGUUUACAAAAAAAGCAUUUCUUGCAUUUUUAUCAUGUUUUAUGUAUCAAAGUGAUAUAUUUGUCAACAGUCUUGAUUGUUAUGAUUAUUUAUUUAUUUUAUUUAAAAAAAAAGUGUUUCUCAAUACUUCAGCAUACCAAACACGUUUAUGUGUAGCCGUUAUGUGAACAACUGCUGAGGAAUGUUGAAUUAAAAAGAUACUCUAAGUCUAAUUGUCCUUACUUAUCAUAAGGUAAAACCUAAGAGAAACUAAGUGGUAGGUGUACUAAGUCGCAGCGCAAACAUACCGCAUUUGCAUUUUCGUUGCGACACUUAGCAAAGUAUACAUUUUGUCGUAUGUACUAAGAGAAAAUAUGUUAAUGAAAACAGUGGCAAAAACUAAUUUAAAUAUUUGUUGUGUCCUCUUAGCGAGAUCUCUAUUGCGAGAGUCAUGCGACAUUGUUCAAAUGAAUAGCGGGAGUUGAGUUGUGGUUUGCUGCAGCAGAGGGUGCACAAAGGAUAACGUCUAUACAUGCAAGGGUCCAAGAAUCAAAAUAACAUUGUUUUUGUUAAAUGUAAACGUCAUCUGUACAAUGCAUUCUGUU